UGCCGUGACAAUACGUCUGUCUGUGCAAGACGUAUAACACGAAACAUAACAUUGCAAACGGGAACUAAUCAACCCGUUGAAAAUGACGACCAAAACCACAAUAUCUGAAAACAUGUCUUUGUCAGUAUGGCCAGUAUGAUGAAGAUAGUUCUUCAAGUAUUCCUUGUCGCUUUAAUGAGAGAGGCGAUCGAUGCUAGGGAAGAGCAUGAAGGAUAUACAGGAAAAAUAACCAAAUAUUCACCUAUUCCAGCAGUGAAUUCAAAGUCUCCUGUAAUUGUAAAUCAAGCAAGCGUCGGAACUCCUCAAAAUCUGGCGAGAAAUGUCUUUCCAGGGAACAAGAUGGAGUUAUAUAACCUGCAAAACGGCCCAGUGUUUAGAGAGACGUAUUAUAUGCAUAAGAUUGAAGUUAAAAUCCCAAAGGAUCGAGCAAUAAGGGUAAAAUUCACAAGGGAAGCAAUGCUUGAUCGUUCUGGAAGGAUUUGCUUGAAUUUCAGUAAAUCCUAUAACCUUCGGCACGACUUGAAUCAAAACGUAAAGUACGUCUCAAGCAGUGUUCGAUACGAGAAGUUUAAUAACGGUAAGAAGGAAUUGAUUCCUGGAGAAAACGGAACGAUUAGCAUCAACGAGAACGCGCUUGAAGAAUCAGUUGAAUUGUCUGCUAAGGUAGGAUACGACGAUGCGAUUACUUCACAGUGUUCACAGGCCGUAUGGACCAUGAAUGGCACCGUUGUACGAAUGUAUACAACGAACCCAGACUUCAGGGAAGGUGUAAACGAAAUAAGCACGAUAGUAUUCUACACAGCGCUCGGUGUAUUCGUACUGAUUUCGAUUGGUUUGGGGAUAUAUUUGUUUUGUAUCAGAUCUGAAGAAGAAGAGUAAUAACUACCCUAUUUUUUUAAUCAAAAAAUCUUCUUGUUUUUUACUUUCUUGGCCGGACUGAAUUAUUGAAUUCAAAAAAGUAGUUCAUCUGAACAGUUGAAUACUAAUGUGACAUCUGGCCUUCGUUCUCUCUCUGCUCCCAUGGCAACCAAGACUAAAUCAUUUGUAUUAUCUCAGUAUAUCAACUAACAAACUUUUCAACUAUUUCGAUUAUAAAUUUCUAAAUUUAAAAUUUAAAAUCCAAAAAAGAUGAUAAUAAGAAAUGUAGUGUAAAUACUUUGAAAAGCUUCUUUGUCAGUUUUUAAUAAAUGGAUAUAUAUAUGUGUAUAUCACAGAAUAGGUUGCUAUCAAUAGACGUCACAUCCGGUAAUAGCUGCGUUUUUAAUGGCUUGUAGGAUUUUGGAGGUUGUUUUCAUCUCUUGUUUUCUGGUUUCAUGUGUCGUAGAAUUAGUCAAAUACAAUAGUUUGAGGACUUAUUUUGACAUGUUUUGACCUAAGAUCUGCUAGUUGCACCUAGUCAACCGCGGUUUGUCCCCCAGUCGACUCUAAAAAGUCACGUGAUUGAUAUUAAGCAAUUUUCAGUAAAUGUAUGGAGUUUGUAAAAGAUCAAUUAGUAUAAGCUAAGAAAUACAUUUGUAAAUAUGUUUUUAAACUAAAUUGUUUGUAAACUCAUCUCAGAUCUACGAUGAUAACAAUACAAACAACUUCAAACAUU